AGUUAUCGCAGUUAGUAAGAAAAUAUCGGCGAUCACUGUUAAUAGCAGCUCAGCAAAAUGUUAUAUUUUGCUCACUGUUAUCAAUUAAUCAGCUGUUUUCAUUUGCUUUAAAGUUCGCGGAUCAGUCGGAUCGCGUAAAAAUCGAACGAAAAUACAAAUAAAUACAAUUGUAAAACUAACAAUAAUAAGUUACAAAAACGCUUGGCGAUAUCGAAACAAAACGGAAAACAGAAGUGCGAGUGCAAGUGCGGUUUUCUACAAGUGCAAAGAAUAAGUGAAAGCCAAGCAAAGGCCAACAAUAAACGGCCACAGAGAGAAUAAGUGAAAACACAAAAGUUGAUGCAAUAGCAAAAAAAAAAUAAAUAAAAGUGCUGAGGAAUAAACACAGCUAAAGGGCGCCUAUUUUAUAAUUGUUUUUGGACUGCAACUGUGACAAAUGAUGGCUUAAAAUGGCGGCUACACCACCAACGCCGCCCGGAGCAAACAAUUUCCAAUUAAAUGGCAAUUUUAAUACAAGCAACAACAAUAAUAAUAAUAAUAACAACAACAACAUAGCCGAGGCACUGCAGCAACACUUUAAAUUCAAGGCACUUCUUAACGCAGACGAGGAUCAGCAGCAGGAACGGCAACGACAGCAACAGCAACAACAACAGUUACAGCGAAGCAACAACAGCAACAUCAGCAGAGCCAGCAGCUAUGAACAGCUGGAGGAGGAGGCAACAACUCGAGCGAAAUCGAAGCAAAGCUGCCAGUGCACAAAUAUAAGUAUUAUGCACCUGUUCCAUGAGAUGAAGCAGGAAUUUCCAACGCUGCCCGAUGCUCUGGUGACGCAAUGCGUCAAUGAGAAUUGCCAUCAGCGUGAUAAUUGCAUACAAAUGUUGAAAAAGGAGCUCAUCCUGCAUCCUAUGCCCGUGCAGUCGUAUCCCGCCAAGGUGUUGCAGCAACAACAGCAACAGCAGCAACAACAGCAGCAGCAACAGCGACUGGCAAAACCACCAACACCGCUGAAACCAUCACGUGCCGCGCCCCCACAGCCGCCCCUUGUCAAUGGCAAUGUGGAGACGUCACCAGCAGCGAUUACACCCACCCACACCCACCCCCACGCCCACGCCCAUCCUCAACCCCAACCCCCACGUCCUCGACCUACAACCUUAAAUCUGCAACGUCAAGUGAACGCGCAGCUGCAGCAAAAAAUUCAACAGCGACAGCAGCAACAGCAGCGACAGACGCCGAAGCAACUGACGCCGAAUGCGAUUUGCAAACCGUUGCGUCGAGCGCCGCCGUUGCCGCCGCUGCCACCGAAGCCGCAGUCGGCAGCUCUCUCGCUCUCACAGCAGCAGCAGCAGCAGCUGAGCAGUUUCUCCAAUGAUUCCUCCUGUCUCACCAGUCCGCUCAGCUCCAGCGAGUCGGAGUUGUCGCUUAAUGUUUCCUUAUCAUCACCAACAGCGGCAGCGACGCCAGCGGCAGCUGCGACGCCGACAGCGGCAACAACUGCGCAAUUGCCUUCUCCAGUCCGACAUCGCUCAGUUAUAACGCUACAGCCGGAGCCGCCGUAUGCGCGCGAGUUUUUAAAUAACGCCGUCGCAAUUUCACCAACGCCGCCAUCGCCCACUUCCGGAUCUGGAUCCGCAUCCGGCCGUAAAAGUUUCACCUCGCUAAAUCUCACGCUGCGUCAGCCGCAGACAACGAGCAACGGUGCUGCCCCCUCGACCAUUGACAUUACGGCCGGACCGGCGGCCAGUGGCAACGGCAGCAGCGGCAUCACAUAUUCGAGCAGCAGUUUCGAUGCUCGUCGUGGCACCCACAAGAAUUUCCAGCUAACCGUCACCGACGAGGGCAGCGUCUUCAGUGCCGGCUGUGUGCGUCCCCAGGUGCCGCUUUAUGCGCCCUGCCCGCCGCCUCCUGUGCUGACCACCGAUGGAGCAACGCCACCGCCUUCGUCAUUUCUGACGUCACAACAACCACAAGAACAGCAGCAACAGGCAACAAGUGCAGCUGACGAGAUGCCUGAAGUAUUUCCAUAUCCCACACAGGCGCAGAAUCACAUUGUGGCCUCCAACUACAACAACAAUCAUCUGCACAACAACAGCACUGAUAACAGUCCCAGCGUCACACACAUGCCCCUCUACGAGGGCGUCGUGCCCGAAUGCGAUCGAGAAGCCCAUGAAGCAAUCAUUGAGCGCCAGAAGACACGACGCGAUAAAUUAGCCAAUGUGCUGCGUGACAAUAAAAAGCGUCUUGUCGACCUGACCGAGGAGAUUAACAUACUGACCGAGCCGGUGCCAGUGGGUGAAUCCGAAAGACUGGACAGAGAUAUCAGGAAACUCACUGAUGACUGUCAGCGGCUGCUCAAUAUGAUAAAUGAUCCCCAGCUGAAUGGCACCGCUGCCGCACCCAAUUCCAUGAAUCGUCAACUCUCGGCACCGGCGAGUAAUUGCAGUCCGACAACACGACAACGCGGUGUUCCAGGUGGCAGUCGAAGUCAGGCGCGUCUAAAUUCUGUGCCGACUCUGUUGACGCAGUCUCAUUCAGACUAUGUGCAGCAACCGAGCAGUGCGCCCAGUUCCGCUUGCCUGACGCCUCAGCAGCAGCACCAGCAACAGCAGCUGCAACUACAGAUGCAGGAACCGCCGCCCACUUAUGCGCAGUACUAUCAGUUUCAGCAAUUUCUGCAGCAGCAACGGCUGCAGCGGCGGCGGCAGCAGCAGCAGCAGCAUCGUCAGUUCCAUUACCACGUCCCCAUGCCAAUGGAGGAGGAGGAGGAGUCCCUGUCCGAAUCAGAAGGGGACGAAGGCGACGAGCCACUGGAGCCCACAUGGGCCUGCAACUUGUGUACAUUCCAGAACCAUCCACAACUGAACGUUUGCGAAGCCUGUGAAAAUGUUAGGAUCCAGCCGGCGCCGUUGCUCAACCGUGAGGACAUACAUAUUACACUCUCACCAGGCGAAAAUCGUAUAAUACACUCCUGGAUACUAUCGUGACAACUGGCCCAACAAUCUAACAAUAAUAAUAACUAGACAACAUUUACACACACAGAACAAAUGUGUGUUAUUUAAGUUUAAAAAAAAUGGAUUAAUUUUGCUUUUGUAAUUAUAUUAAUUUUUAAAAUGCUGCUGGCAGCGAUCAUUGUAUAUACAUAGAUGCGUAAUAUUUAUUAUGCUGUUUGUUGAUUUUCUGAUAUAAGAAUCAAGACUUUUAGUAGCACAUCUGUAUAUAGAAACUAGUGAAUUUUAAACCUUAAUUUGUACAUUUUGUAAAAAAAAUACGAUACGUAUAAUUGUUUUCUACAUAAAAAACUGCAAAGAGCAGUUUUUGUAUGACUAUCGAAAAUAAAUAUCAAGUGAAGAAAAACA